AUGCAUUUAUCACUGGAUACGAUGAGCAUGGUGGACGACAGCUGCCUCUCACCCAGCAACUUCCACGAAAUGGGGAAAGGUGGGGGCAUUGCUGCAGGGGGCCGCGUCCACAGCAUUGAUGUAAUUCUAGGUUUCAGUAAAGACCAGGACCCCCUGCUCAGCCCUGCUGGGGUCCCACGACCCCAUAAAGUGGACAUAGAUGGCCUGGCAGAACCUGUGAAGCAGCAGGAGCCCUUGUCACAUCCGACCUACAGCGGCCACCUUUCCUCUCUGAGAAACGGCAGCACAGAGCAGCACCAGCAGCAGCAGUACCAUGAUACUGGAUUAUUCACAAGCAAAUGUGAUGAGGAACUGAGUGAGCUGAGGAAGAGCAUAGAGAGCGAUGAAGGCAAGUCUCCAGAGCCAUGCAAGGAUGACCAGCCCAAGAAGAAGCACAGGCGCAACCGCACCACCUUCACCACCUACCAGCUGCAUGAGCUGGAGCGUGCCUUUGAGAAGUCCCACUACCCUGAUGUGUACAGCCGUGAGGAGCUGGCCAUGAAGGUGAACCUCCCCGAGGUCCGAGUUCAGGUCUGGUUCCAGAACCGCAGAGCUAAAUGGCGUCGACAGGAAAAAAUGGAUGCCAGCACCAUGAAGCUCCACGACUCACCUAUGCUGUCCUUCAACCGCCCAGCACCAGUUCACACCAGUAUGGGUCCGAUGACCAACUCCCUCCCCUUGGACCCCUGGCUGUCCUCUCCCUUGUCCAGUGCUACACCGGUCCACAGCAUCCCGGGCUUCAUGGGUCCAGCACAAGGACUCCAGCCCAGCUACCCCAGCCACAGCUUCCUCAACUCCACUCCUCAUCCUCAUUCUCAUCCUCACCCUCACUCUCACCCUCAUCCGUCCAUGGGCCAGGGAAUGCAGAGUAUGGCCCCUCCUCCUCCCUAUCAGUGUUCAGCACCAUACCCUGAUAAAUACCCACUGGAGGACGUGGAUCAGCGCAGCUCUAGUAUCGCAGCACUCAGAAUGAAAGCCAAGGAACACAUCCAGUCUAUGGACAAGACCUGGCAACCGAUGUGACUAACAAACCUGGCAGCCCAUGUGAAUGACAUUGGGAAAGGGAGAUGCUGAAGCUGUUUCUUGGGAUUCAGGGUAACAGAUAUUGAGUAAAAGGACUUGU